CCAGUGGUACAGUGGGAGGGAAGCGCCGAAGACAAAAGAGGCGUCUUUCAUUCAUAAACCCCGACGGCCACCGUUAACUGUUUUUCCGGCGAGUACAUCAACAUGGCAUCAACUUCUAUCACGACUUUCUCCAUCUACUCGCAAUCCCAAACAAAGUUUUUCAAUCUGCUUGGGCAUCCAUUGAUUCACAGCUGCAACAAACGCACAUCAAUUUCGUUUCAGCCAGCUAUAGCUCGCACUACCCUUUUCACAGUGUUCACUUGUUCCCACACUCCUUGCACAUCCACUUCAAAAUUUUCACCCGGAAGAAGUUUAUCCAAGUUCCUCUCAGAAAAGAUAGCAUUUUUUCUCAUUGGGUCGUUUAUCUUCAUGGGUUGCUUCAGCAGAAGAGUUGCCUUUGCAGAAACAGUGCCUUCUGUGGGUUCUGGUGCAGCGUUGGAGGAGAAGAUGAAGCCAACUGAAGAGAAAAGCGAGGAGGAAGAAGAAGAAAUGUGUGAGAAGAUUUUGGAGAAGGAUCCGAGAAACGUUGAAGCUCUGAAGGUGGUUUUGUAUGGGAAAAUUAGGAGAGGGAAAUCGAAGGAGGCUUUGAAAUUUGUGGAGGAUUUGAUUGCUGCGGAACCAAAUCAGGUUGAGUGGAGACUUUUGCUGGCACUUUGUUAUGAGACAAUGGGGCGCUUCAGUACUGCUAAGAGAUUGUUAAAGGAAAUCUUACAGAAAAAACCUCUUCUUGUCCGAGCUCUGCAUAGUUUGGCUAUGGUGAUGCACAAGAACCAUGAAGGUCCUGCUGUAUUUGAAAUGCUAAACAAGGCUCAAGAGCUAGCUUCCCGGGAAAACAGAGUUACCGAGGAGAGAAAUAUAAGAAUCUUAAUUGCACAAAUGCAUGUUGUACAGCAUUUGUGUGCUUUGCAGGAUAAUUUGGAGGAGGGAUUAAAAAGAUUUCAAGAUUUGAUUGAUGAAAAUCCUCGAGAUUUUAGGCCUUACCUUUGCCAGGGAAUAAUAUACAGUCUCCUGAAUAAAGGAGAGGAAGCUGCACAGCAGUUUGAAACAUAUCAAACUCUUGUGCCUGAAGAAUUUCCUCAGAGGGGAUUUCUCGAUGAUGUUACCUUAGCAGCGAAAAGAACAUCCCGGGAACAGUUUCUGAAGGAAUUUAGAAGACAAUUUUCUUACCGGAAAUAGAGAUAAUAGAGGAUGUUUUCUUCUUUGCUGUCUUGGCAAUAAUCAUUAAUGCAAUUCAGCAGCAGGUUCUUGUAUAAGCGAAAAGCUAGACUACUUUAAUGUAUAGCGCAGAUUUUUCCCCCUGGGUUUAUGGCUCAUGGUUUGGGUAGGAUUUUCUUGUUUUAUUGUAAUUCAAUCCUUGAACACGGUGCUUUAUCUUGGCAUAACAUUUGUUGUCUUUUUUGUGUGUUAGUGCCUUGGCCCCAUAAAAACACGUGUUAUUGAUAUUUAUUUUGUUGAUUUUGCAAUUCCUUUCUGUAAAAUAUUGGAGCUCACGUAAGCCAAAUGUUGAUAUGACAUGAUAUCUUUUGUGUUUUGGUCU